AUGGCUUCCACCUGCAACUUCAAUAGGGAACUUAACAAGGUAUUGUUUGAAGGAGAUUCAUGUUAUAGGGAGGUGAUAUUGAAUAGACCAAGCAAGUUAAAUAGCCUCGAUUAUGAUGUGAUUUCUCAAAUGAUUAAGAAUUUCAGAGACUUUGAAACGGAUUCUACUAUAAAAUUUGUAAUUUUGAAGGCAAAUGGGAAAGCAUUUAGUGCAGGUGGAGAUGUUGUUUCAAUUAUUCGUUCCAUGAUAGCAGGACAUUGGAGUUUUGGAGCUAGAUUUUAUAAGAAACAAUUUAACUUGGACUACUUAUUGGCUACAUAUAAAAAACCUUUGCUUCCACUCAUUGAUGGUAUUGUGAUGGGAGGAGGUGCUGGCUUGUCAAUGAAUGGAAGAUUUAGGAUUGUCACUGAGAAUGCCGUAUUUGCAAUGCCAGAAGUUUUUAUAGGACUUUUUCCAGAUGUGGGGGCUUCGCAUUUUCUUUCUAGACUUCCAGGGCAUUUUGGGGAAUAUUUAGGACUUACGGGAGCCAGACUAAAUGGUGCAGAAAUGGUUGCAUGUGGCUUGGCAACUCAUUUUGUCUUCUCAAAAGAUUUACCUUUGCUGGAAAAUACACUCCAAAUGCUGGCAUCCUCAGAAAUGACAAUAAUUUAUCAAGUUGUUAAUAAAUUUACGCAAAAACCAAGCAUAAACGAAGAUAGUAUUUAUCAAAGCUUGGAGACUAUUAACAAAUGCUUCUCAAAAGAUACGGUUGAGGAAAUUUUAUUAGCACUUGAAAAAGAGGCAGAAAACAAAGCAGAAAUUUGGAUCACUAAGGCAAUAAAUUCCAUAAAGGCAGCUAGUCCAACAAGCCUCAAGAUUGCCCUUAGAUCGAUAAGAGAAGGAAGAUUGCAAAAUUUGAAACAAUGUCUCAUUCGUGAAUAUACAAUUUGCUGCAACGUCAUCCGAGCAACUAUUAGCAAUGAUUUUUAUGAGGGUUCAAGAGCUAUGUUAUUUGACAAGGACAAGAAACCAAAGUGGCAACCUUCAAACCUGGAGUUAGUAAGCAACGAUAUGGUGGAUCGCUGUUUCACUGGCAUAGACGAUGAUGACUGGAAAUAUUUACAAAUUCAUGAUAGAUCUAAUAUAGUUGACGUAUUAAAGCCUAAACUUUGA